AGACUUAAUCGGACUUUUGAGAAUUCUACUCAGAAAGCAAAUAAGUCGUAGUUCGCCUUUAGAAAGCUUUCGGAAUUUAUCUCUUCUAGUUGCGCUAGACAGGAUACCCAAGAUAACGAUGGUUGUAUGUUCAAAGUUUCAACACGGUGGCUGUAUAAAUGGGCGUCUGUGCCCCAAUGAACACAUAGACCUCAAGAAGAUGCUCAAAGAGGAUGUCGAAGCUAACCUAAAGGGCAGGGUGUGGCCUCUCUCUGUUUACGGUCCCUUCCCGUAUAGGGACAACUUCCCCAAUUUAAGUGAGGAUCAAUCAUUCGAGGAAGUACGGAUGCAGCAUUACGAGGCUAAGCGGGAGGGCAAUAAGCAAGAAUGUGAAUCCGACGCACGUUUUAUGCUUGAUGUGAAGCUGGCUAGAUGGAAGAUGCGCAGUUUGCUUGAGAUAACGACCCAAAAGGUAGACACUUUAAUUGAAAUCUACGACCGCCAAUCGGAUCCAGUUUGCGGACCACCAUCAGGAUCUCUACGUACUUUUACGCAGACCCAGAUCGGAAGUGCAUCGACUCCAGUCGCUAGGGGUAGCAUUUUUGGACAAACCCAAAUUAAAACCCAAUCGGAGAAAAGCAACACUUUUGCAACUCCUGUACAAAAUUUUGGUGGUUUCCUGUCUAACAGCCCCAGUAGCCCUUUUGGUCAAGCCACACUGAAAACUAGUCCGGGAAAUUCAAUUUUUGGUACCACCAAAUCUAUUUUUUCUCCAGAAAAUAGCAUUUUUGGCGAUGGGUUUAAGUCCCACGGAACAACAAAUGUCUUUGGACCACCGGAAACCUUUAGUUUCCAACAGCAGAUUAAACCGCAAGUAUCAGGAACCUCCUUCGGUGGCUCCACUGGCCAAAUAGACAAAAGCAAAACCUUAUUUGGUACAACCAAGUCGAAUGCUAGUCCAGGGAAUGCCAAUCCAAAGAAUAGCAAUUUUGGCGAUGGAUUUAAGAACAUCGGAGCAACAAGUGCCUUUGGACAACCGGCUUCAACAUUUAGUUUCCAACAGGAGAUAAAACCACAAUUAUCAGGAACCACUUCUGCCGGAUCCUCUGGCCAAGUAAGCAAAAGCAAUACUGUAUUUGGUGCAACGCAGUCGAGUGCUAGUCCAGGGAAUGGGAAUGCCACUCCAAAGAAUAGCAAUUUUGGCGAUGGAUUUAAGUCCCUCGGAGCAACGAGUGCUUUUGGCCAACCGGCUUCAACCUUUAGUUUCCAGCAGGAGAUCAAACCACAAUUAUCAGGAACCAAUUUUGCCGAAUCCACUGGCCAAGAACGCAAUAUUUUAUUUGGAGUAAGGAAUAAACUUGUUGGUGGUGUAUCAAAGGAAACGACCGAAAUCGGCCAAACCAAUAAAUUCGUUUUUGGUAUGAUCAAUCCUAGUGUAAGUUCAGAUAUUGCCAAACCUUGCAUUUUUGGAUUAUCCGACGCGAAUGCUAGUUCAAAGAUUGUUGAAAAAUCCAUAACGCCAGGUACGGUUAAUCCUGUUGGUAGUCUCAAACUGCCUCAGACCCCAGGAACAUUUGUGCAAGCACCUAAACUCUUUGGAAACGCCUGCACCCAGCAGGAAACUGUUACCAGCUCGACGCAAACCGUCAGGUGCGACAAGUGCAACUCAUUAGUAGAGGUGUCCUCAGAGAAGUCAACAGCGAAGGAGCAGAAAAAACAGAAGCCAGGUAAGCUACCACCUCCACCGCAGAAGAUCGUGGAGUAUCUGGACAAGCACGUUGUGGGCCAGGACUUUGCCAAGAAGGUCCUUGCGGUAGCAGUUUAUAACCACUACAAACGAAUACACCACAACAUAUCGCAAACAAACAAGCAACAGCAGCAGGAAGACUUUAGUAACGAAGUGCAUGAGGUCAAUCCACUUUUUGAGCAACUUAAAAUAUCUGUAAACGAGUCUACUGGUCUUCAGCCUAAUGAAGUCGAACUGGAGAAGAGCAAUAUCAUGAUGCUGGGCCCAACAGGAUCUGGGAAAACUCUAAUCGCUAAGACCAUUGCCAAGUGCCUGAACGUUCCCUUCGCCAUAUGUGACUGCACUACCUUGACGCAGGCAGGCUAUGUGGGCGAAGACAUUGAAAGCGUGCUCUUUGAGCUGCUGAAGUCGGCAAACUUUAAUAUAGAACGCGCUCAAACUGGUAUUGUUUACUUAGACGAGGUGGAUAAGAUCUGCACCUCCUCUGGACUUAAAAAUCGUCGGGACAUUGGCGGCGAAGGCGUCCAGCAAGGCAUGCUAAAGAUGCUAGAGGGUAGCUUAGUAAACGUAUCUAAUCGGAAGGAACUGCUUGGCAAAAAAUUCCAAGUGGACACUAAGAAUAUCCUAUUCGUGGCUUCCGGCGCCUAUACUGGCCUGGAGAAGAUCAUAGUGAGUCGACUUAAUGAGAAGGUUUCAAGCCUAGACGAGGCCAGCGGAUCAAGUACACCGGAUGAAGACCAAAAGGAAAAGGAUAAAUGCCUGACCAAAGUCCAGGCCAGUGAUCUCACUGAGUUCGGCAUGAUACCGGAGUUUAUUAGUCGUUUCCCUGUUAUAGUUCCAUUCCACGGCUUAAAUGCUAAUAUGUUGAGGCGCAUUCUAACCGAACCACGCAAUGCUCUAGUGCCUCAAUACAAAGCAAUGCUCAGUUUGGAUGAUGUAGAACUGACCCUUACCGAGGACGCCAUAGAAUCUAUAGCAAAGCAGGCGAUGCAGAGGAAUACAGGAGCUCGUGGACUGCGCUCCAUAAUGGAGCAACUUCUGCUGGAUCCUAUGUUCUUAGUACCCGGCUCAGAUAUACAGGGAGUUCAUAUAACCACCGAUUAUGUUGAGGGCAAGUCCCCACCUAUAUACAGACGUGUUACGGAUGACCAAGAACAGAAGCAGGCUUCUGAGAUCGUUGCAAUUACUGACGACCAGGAACAGAAGCAGGCUUCCGAGAUCGUUGUCACUGAUGUGGAUUCCAAAACCGAAACCAAAGUUGGUGAAACUGAUGAUCAAAUAAACCCAGAAUUUAAUGAUACUUUAAAAGUAUCUACUACCACUCCUAGUACAACAUAAGCUCUUAUUUAUUAAGUUCUAUGUUUUCAACUUUAUAAAAAAUAUGUGUUAUUCUAUUUUGUGUAUAUAUGUAUGAUGGUAUAUACAAAGUGUACAAUAUAAAUGGUAUACAAAUUCA